AUGGCAUCCAGUGGCCGCACACUUGAGAUCAUGACUUCAAUCGAAAUCAGUGGUUGUAGUAGUAGUAUGGGCUCGGGCCGUGUGGCUGAUGUUGCCUUGAGGAUCUUGCUGUUUGUGACCGCCUUGGUUGCAAUAAUCGUCAUGGUCACUUCUGAAGAAACCAAACUGGUUUCAUUGCUUCCAGGCGUGACAGUACGUGUUGUUACAAAAUUUAGUUAUUCCCCUGCGCUCAUAAACUUAGUAGUAGCGCUUUCAGUGGCUUGCUUGUAUAGCGUAAUCACUGGUGUAUUGUCGGUUUUGGCGUUGAUGAAGCCCGGAGGAGGGAACUUCACAAAGAUGCAGUUUUAUUUUGUUAUACUUGAUGCUCUGCUAUUAGGUAUCGUGGCUGCAGCAAUUGGUGCAGCAGGAUCAGUCGGAUACAUUGCACUAAAAGGAGACUCUCAUACCGGAUGGAACAAGCUCUGCGACAAGGUCACUACUCCUUGUGUGCACUAUGCAGCGUCGUUUAUUAUAGCGCUCAUAUCCUCCAUAACGCUUCUACUACUCGUUUGGCUCUCUGUUUAUAUGUUUUCGAAGAUGAUUGCAAGGCGAUAA